CCCAGCAUCCUUGUCCUGCACGGGUGUCGAAGUGCAUACUGUAAAAGGAGCUUUUAGCGUUGAUUGCUCAAUAUCGGCCCCUAGCAUAGCCGAAAUACGAAGACUGACAUCACACGUAGGUAUGUGACUAAGCCACACUCCCUCGCUAGAAAUGCGACCACCAUCCCUCCAUAUCCGUAAUGCGAUCAGGCAACGACUUUCUGUACUCUGGCACAGUCGUAUAAACACUCAUCGCGAGUAUUGUCGUCCGUCAAAGCAUGAAACAUUACAGCAAGCUCAUCAGUCGUUCCCACGCAAAGCCGAGCGCAUCCUGUAAUGGCCAAAACAGCGACAGUCACAGAAGAAGUGGCCAGAGACCCUCUCAUUGUCCGCUUGAUAGUGGCACCGGUUCUCUUCAUAUCGUUCUUGAUCUCUCUCUUCUUCAUUGACCAAAAGACAUAUGGCGGGAUCUUCGGCAAUUCCAGCAACAAAGACGGAUACUACCACUCCCACCAGCGCAAAUUGGCUAAGCGAGAAAUGGACGAUGCCUUUCAGCUGCGCCAAAAAGUGAUAGCUGCAAUGUGUGUGUUGGCCGCAGUCUCUGUCGCCCUCGCCGCGUGGGGAGUUGAAGCGGUUUGGACCGUGUGGAGGGUCAAAACAUGAGUGAUUCGCCGUGGCGUUGCAAUCUUCGAACAAGGCGUAGGCGCUUCGAGCUUUUGGAUAUUGUAUGUGUGAAAGGUCCAAUUGUUUCUCUCACUUUUCUGGCGCAUCUGGAAGUCGUUCAAUAACAUAUUUUCCUCUUGCUACACUCAUGAUAGGCACACCGGGGAUCUUUCGAAUUCGUCGCUUGAGAUCUCUGUCGUUGGUCGCAACAA